AUGGCCGCGGCACUGACUGGCUCUCGCACUGGGCCUGGAGAGUCCUGGCCCAUGACCCCGAGCCUCCUCCUGCUCCUGUUUCUCCUGCCUCCCACCCAGGUUGCAGCCACAGCCCACAGGCACCCUGCCAGUGAGGAGGUCGCCUUUACCCGUGAUGUGGCCUGUGGCCAGCGUCAUGUGCAAGGGAAGAUACUGGGAGGCGUGGAUGCCCUUGAGACAAAGUGGCCCUGGCAGGCCAGUGUGCACUAUGCAGGUUUCCACAUCUGCGGGGGGUCCAUCGUUGAUGAGUACUGGAUCCUGUCGGCUGCCCACUGCUUUGACAGGAAUAAGAACAUUGAGGCAUUUGAUAUGUAUGUGGGUCUUGUGGACCUCAAGGUUGCAGGCAAUCACACACAGUGGUUUGAGGUGAAUAGGGUGAUCAUACACCCCACAUAUGGAUUGUAUCACCCUAUUGGAGGCGACAUCGCUCUGGUGCAGCUGAAAACCCGCAUCGUUUUUUCCGACUCUGUGCUUCCCAUCUGUAUUGCACCCCCAGACUUGACUCUUUCAAACCUUUCUUGCUGGGCUACAGGAUGGGGAUCCAUCUCUCAACAAGGAGACACUUCAAACAAGCUGCAGGAGGUACGGCUGCCUCUGGUCCCAUGGCAACUGUGCCGACUGCUGUAUGGACAAACAGACAUUCUGCCAGACAUGCUGUGUGCUGGAAACUUCAGGGACAUGAAGACUGCAUGUGAGGGUGAUUCUGGGGGCCCACUUGUCUGUGAAUUCGACCGCACCUGGGUGCAAAUUGGAAUAGUGAGCUGGGGGCAGGGUUGCGCAUACCCUAUGUAUCCGACAGUUUUUGCCCGAGUCUCCUUUUUCUCAAAAUGGAUUCAUCAUCACAUAGAAAACACACCUUUACCUCUUCAGCCACUCCCUGCCCUCUCCUCUACUCCGGGGGCCAUCAUCAAUGUCCUUAUGGCCUCAUUGGCUGUCCUGUCAAUGCUCUAA